UUCUGUGCCGUAUCAGUUUAUGCAACUCUCUUCCCUAAUACAUAUCCAUAUAUGUGAUUUCGGAAUCGAGGCUCUUCCUCAUAGGCUUGACAACCUUAUUUCUCUUGAAACAUUACAUCUAGUGAGGUGCAAACGGCUACAACAUCUGGACUUCUCAGAUGCCAUGCCCAAAUUACGGUUUGUGGACAUCCGCGAUUGUCCAUUGUUAGAAGCUCUGUCGGAUGGGCUCGGCAACCUUGUUUCUUUGGAAGAAUUAUAUUUACAUGACUGCGAAAAACUAGAGCAUCUGCCAUCCCGAAAUGCCAUGCGACACCUCACGAAAUUACAGAGCCUGAAAAUUAAAGGCUGCCCAAAGUUAGAAGAAAGUUUCACCAACUACUCCCAGUGGUCCAAAAUUUCCCAUAUUUCAAAUAUUGAAUUAGGUGGGCGGAGAAGGACAACCGUAGCUGGUUCAAAACGUCUCUGUGGUAAAUCAAGCCAAAUCGUAUGAGCAGCAGGCAAUUACGUUAGGUAAAUUUUCAUUUAUAAUUUAUAGGCACUUUGUAAUCUACUUGUUUCUA